CCAACUUCCAUCUUCGAAUCCCGCUGAAAGAUAGAUUACAUUGUCGAAUGUGUUUCGAGACUGGCAGCUGUGUGAACGAUAUUAUUGGAAUGAGCUGUGUUACAUGGAGGGUUUGGGUCUGAUUCGUGAGCAACGGCCCCUCGUUUACCUGACUCACAAUGAAAGUGGCACUCGCAGGUGCUGGUGCUGGCGUUGGACGAUGUAUCGCCGAGGCGAUUCUCGCCAACGGCAACCACACUCUCGUUGUCCUCUCGCGCUCUGCGGAUAUCCCAUUCCUCUCGUCUCGCGGUGCCCUCAUCACCACAGUGGAUUACUCCGAUCCCGCGUCUAUCGCACGCGGUCUGGAUGGCGUGCACACCGUCAUCAGCACCAUCGGGGACCACAGCAAGUCCGCGUCUGCCCAGCUCGCGCUCGUCCACGCCGCGUGCGCCGCCGGUGUCGCGCGCUUCGUGCCGAGUGGGUGGUCUGCGGCCAAUGUUGCCGCAGGAUCGAUCGAGGAGGUCGAACUCUACCGGUACAAGCAGCCGGUGCUUGACGCUCUCCGCGCGCAGACGUUGAUGAAGUGGUCGCAUCCCGAGAACGGGAUCUUCUUGAACUACUUCGCGACUCCCUCGAAGGGUAUCGCGUACUUGAAGCCCCUCAAGUUCUGGAUCGACGUGGAGCAGUGCAAGGCUGUGAUCCCUGGCGACGGAAACAUCCCCUUGGCGUACACCGCGGUCGAGGACGUUGGCGCUUUCAUAGCCAAGGCGCUUGAUUCGAACAAGGAGUGGCCGAGAUCUUUCCACAUCGUCGGGGCCAAGGUCACGCACAACGAGUUGGUGCGGAUGGCUGAAAGAGUGCGCGGGUGUUCCUUCGAAGUGGAAUAUUGCUCAGCGGAACAAUACACGGCGUCGCUGGUCCCUAAUCCGCCGUCGCUCUACGUCAACCUCGCGACACAGCUCAGCCUCAUUCUGAUUUCAGGCCGUUUCACAUUCGAUUCAACCUUUGACCACGCCGUUGUGCAUAAGUUUAUGCAACCACAGGAGUUCAUUGAGAAAUGGUGGGGCCAUGUGCAUCAGUGACAGUAUUUGACUCCGUGUGGCUCGAAGUAGCUUGUGAAUAUUUCGAACUUUAAGCUGUCGGGUUGUACCACAAGACUUUGAAUGAUGCAUCUCUUUGUAUAACCAAUAGAUUUGUCACAGUACACGGUACUG